CUACUCCAGGCCUUGUGGGAGGGGACAAGACUCGGUGAGAGGACGGCGGGAGGCCGGUAGGGCGGGUAGGCGGGGCCCAGCUGGGAUCCGUCCGCCCCGGCGCUCGAGCUCCGGCCGCCCUCCGCCUGCCUUCGCGUAGAAUGGGGCGAGCGGCCGCCGUCGUCUCCGGGAUGCUGAGUCCCUAUCCUUCCCCCUCAGCGCCGCCAUGGCCGGCUGCGAGCUGCCCAUGGGCACUUGCCCAGACAUGUGUCCGGCCGCCGAGCGCGCCGAGCGCGAAAAGGAGCGCCGCCUCCACCGCUUCGAGGUGGCGCCGGGGUGCGGCAGCGACCCGCCCCGCGCGGACCCGCAGCGCGCGGUGAAGGAGUACAAGCGGCCGGCCGCCGGCAAGGCGCGGCCCCCGCCGAGCCAGCUGCGUCCGCCGUCCGUGCUGCUGGCCACCGUGCGCUAUCUGGCCGGCGAGGUGGCCGAGCGCGCCGACGCAUCCUGCGCCGAGGUAGCCAGCUUCGUGGCGGACCGGCUGCGCGCCGUGCGGCUGGACCUGGCCCUGCAGGGCGCGGGCAACGCCGAGGCAGCGGCGGUGCUGGAGGCGGCGCUGGCCGUGCUGCUGGCAGUGGUGGCGCGGCUGGGGCCGGACGGGGCGCGCGGGCCGGCGGACCCGGUGCUGCUGCAGGCCCAGGUGCAGGAGGGCUUCGGUUCCCUGCGGCGCUGCUACGCGCAGGGCGCCGGGCCGCAUCCCCGCCAGGCCGCCUUCCAGGGUCUCUUUCUGCUCUAUAAUCUGGGCUCCAUGGAGGCCCUGCAUGAGGUCCUGCAGCUGCCUGACGCCCUUCGUUCCUGCCCGGCCCUGCGCCGGGCCCUGGCUGUGGACUCGGCCUUUCGUGAAGGCAACACCGCCCGCCUGUUCCGCCUGCUCCGCGUCCUGCCCUACCUGCAGAGCUGCGCUGUCCGGUGCCACGUAGGCCGUGCUCGCCGGGGAGCCCUGGCCCGCCUCGCUCGUGCCCUGAGCACCCCCAAAGGCCAGACUUUGCCUCUGGGUUUCAUGGUCCACCUCCUGGCCCUGGAUGGGCCCGAAGAGGCGCGGGACCUGUGCCAGGCCCACGGACUGCCCUUAGAUGGACAGGAAAGAGUUGUGUUUCUCAGAGGUCGCUACACUGAGGAAGGGCUGCCACCUGCUGGCACCUGCCAAGUGUUGGUGGGGAGCAAACUUGCAGGGCGCACCCUGGAGGAGGUGGUCAUGGCUGAGGAGGAAGAUGAGGGUGUGGACAGACCCAAGUCCCCGGCAUGAGGAGGAGCCAGGCACUCUCCCAGAGCCCAGGACUGCUCUGAGCCCUCAGGUUUCUUUUUUCAUAAUUCCUACACAGUAAAAGUGUUUUAUUUGUUUUGUAGGACA